UUUAUGCAACAGAUUCUUUCCUGCUCCAUUCCUGCAGAGUCACCACAGGACCUGUAAAGCAGCAGAGAUGGCAACGCUGAUGGAAAAUGAGGCCUUUAUGGCUUUCACCACAUACGCUACCAUCGUCAUUCUGAAGAUGAUGCUGAUGGCGCCCAUGACUGGAUACUUCCGCUUCAGCAGAGGGGCUUUCUCUAAUGAGGAAGAUGUGAGCGGAAAGUCGGCAGAGGAGAAGAAGAAGCUUCUGAGGACCCAUCCAGAUGUAGAGCGUGUUCGAAGGUGUCACCAGAACGACCUGGAGAACAUUAUUCCCUUCGUGGUGGUCGGCCUGCUCUACGCUCUGACUGAACCUGAGCUUUCAACCGCUCUGCUUCACUUCCGGAUCUUUGCCGGCUCGCGCAUCUGCCACACCAUCGCCUACGUGGGUGCUCUGCCUCAGCCCAGCAGGGGUCUGUCCUGGAUAGUGGGCAUGCUGGUCACCUUCUCCAUGGCUUACAGGGUGCUCAGCACAGUUCUCCUCCUUUAGAGAAAAAACACCUGUAGUCCUUGACCUCUUCUACACAAACUUACAUUCCUACAUGAAAUCUGAAUGUUUUUAUUCACUACAGCUUUCCGUGAGCUUGAUUGUUAAACACUCUUUGUGUGUAUUCUUUGCAUUCCCUUUGACUUGCUGGAGCUAUUGAUGGAAAAUGUAUUUUGAAUAAACCUUUCUGUUAACUUUG